AUGAUGUCUUACCUCAAACAGGCCCCGUACGGGAUGAACGGGAUGGGCCUGAGCUCCAUGGACCUGCUGCACCCGUCGGUGGGAUACCCCGGAAACCCGCGGAAGCAGCGCCGCGAGCGGACCACCUUUACGCGGACGCAGCUGGACAUCCUGGAGUCGUUGUUCGGCAAGACGCGCUACCCGGACAUCUUCAUGAGGGAGGAGGUGGCGCUGAAGAUCAACCUGCCCGAGUCCAGAGUGCAGGUCUGGUUUAAGAACCGGCGGGCCAAGUGUCGUCAGCAGCUGCAGAGCAGCAACAACUCCAAGGCGAAACCCAUGAAGAAGAAGUCGUCUCCGACCAGAGAGAGCACGGGAUCUGAGAGCAGCGGCCAAUUCACUCCUCCAGCCAUCUCAACCUCCGCCCCUUCCUCUUCCUCCUCGUCUUCCUCCACCUCUACCUCCGCCCCGGUGUCGUCCAUCUGGAGCCCCGCCCCCAUCUCUCCCUCCCCAGCUCCUCCUUCUCUCCCCGACCCCACCUCCACGCCCACCAGCGCCUCCUGCAUGCAGCGCUCAGCUUCGUCCACCGGGGGCAGCAGCAACACGCCCUCGUACCCGGUGUCCUACAGCCAGACGGCAGCAGCGUACAGCCAGGGCUACCCCACCUCGGCGUCAGGCUCUUAUUUUGGCGGGGUUGAGUGUGGUUCCUACUUGGCGCCCAUGCACUCCCACCACCACCCGCACCAUCAACUCAGCCCCAUGACAGGCGGCUCCAUGUCAGGACACCCGUCUCACCACCAUCACAUCGGGCAGACGUCAGGGCACCACCACCAUCACCACCACCCGUCUCACCCUCACCACCAGGCCUACAGCGCACCUAGCAUCGCUUUCAACUCCACAGAUUGUCUGGAUUACAAAGAGCAAACAGCGGCGGCGUCUGCGUGGAAACUCAACUUCAACACCUCUGAUUGUUUGGACUACAAAGACCAGGCGUCAUGGCGCUUCCAGGUGCUGUGACCUCCUCCUCUUCUUCUUCUACUUCUUCUUCUUCUCUGCUUACAAAGAAGUAUUGUUUUUGUUGUUGGUUGGUUUAUUUUUUUUGAAGAUCUAAUAGUAAAAGAGACAUUUUAAGAAAGUUUAUUUGUGAACGAACUGAAACGGAGCACAGGUAUCUGAAGCCUCGGGUUUUUCAUCAGCGGAUCGACUCGUCCCGGAUUAUUUUUCUACUCCAGAACUCGAGAAAAACCGACUCUUGACGCCUUUCGUAGUAAAAUGUCAGUGGAACCUGCAGGAUUGUGCAGUCUCGGAUCGUCUCGAUGAUCAAUCAAUAACUUUGGGAUUAUUCGUCGAAGAAAUAACGUGACAAAAUCGUAAAUUAGACUCUUGAGUGGGCUUUUCCUAAAGAACGUUUUUUUCCAAACUCGAUGCUGCUAUGAUUUUCAGGUUGCUGAUGUUCAUUUCUAUCUGAUUUCCAACUCUCAUCUUUGUUCAGAAACUCGUCGUCCAGCCUGUGUUGUAUUUUGGAGAUUGAAUUGCAGCACUUGUUUAUAAGGUGAAAGAUUUUUGCUAUCUGUUCUUCACGGAGGAAAGAAAAUAAAAAAUGUGAAAUUAGACGCAAUGUCAGUAUUCCAUUGAAAUUUGAA